UUCAUCAAAUACAUUUAUCCGAAACGGAUGGUUCUGAAUCUCGCGGUAUCGUGUAGCAGGGGGCUCAGCUUCUUCUUCCUGGGGUCGGCGCGUGUGCUGCUUGAUUUGCUCGCUAGUCUAAAGGUUUUUUUUUGUGUGUCGCUGAGCUACUGUAGUAGGGAUGAUGAUGAUGGCGGAGUUGGUACAGGGACAGGCCUCGGUGGCUCAGUCUGGAACGAAAGCAGAUGGCUUCGCCGACGCUUUACACCGGGCCCGACAGAUUGCGGCGAAGAUGGGAGGUGACCAGAUGUCCCACAUGAACAACUCUUCUCCAAUCCUAGACCCCUCUCUCUACGGCUACGGAGGCCAGAAGCGCUCAAUGGAUGAUGGAGUAGGUAACCAAAUGGGUGGAAUGGUACAUCAAAGGGCUAUUAUGACAGAAGACUUCAAAGUGCCUGAUAAGAUGGUUGGAUUCAUCAUUGGAAGAGGAGGAGAGCAGAUCACGAGAAUUCAGUUGGAGUCAGGCUGCAAGAUUCAGAUAGCUGCAGACAGCGGCGGCAUGAUGGACAGGGCCUGCACCCUAACCGGAAGUCCAGAGAACAUUGAGCAGGCCAAGAGGCUGCUGAGCCAGAUUGUGGACCGGUGUCGGAACGGCCCGGGGUUCCACAGCGAGAUGGACAGCAACAGCGCCAUCCAGGAGAUCCUCAUCCCUGCCAGCAAAGUGGGCCUGGUCAUUGGCAAGGGAGGGGACACCAUCAAACAACUGCAGGAGAGAACCGGAGUGAAGAUGAUGAUGAUCCAGGAUGGCCCCAUGCCCACUGGAGCAGACAAACCCCUGAGAAUCACUGGGGACCCCUACAAAGUGCAGCAAGCACGCGAGCUGGUGGUGGAGAUCAUCCGGGACAAGGACCAGGGAGACUUCCGGGCCAGCAGGGGAGACUUUGGAUCCAGACUGGGGGGAAGCAGCCUGGAUGUGGCAGUCCCCAGGUUUGCUGUGGGCAUUGUCAUUGGCAGGAACGGAGAGAUGAUCAAGAAGAUCCAGAAUGACUCUGGGGUCAGGAUCCAGUUCAAACCAGUGUCCCCCUCUCCUUCAGACGAUGGCAUCAGUCCUGACCGGAUUGCCCAGGUGAUGGGCCAGUCUGACCGCUGCCAGCAUGCAGUGCACCUCAUCAACGAACUGGUCCAAACGGCACAGGUACAGGAGAGGGAUGGCUUUGGGAGUCCCGUGGGGCCCAGAGGCCGGGGCAGAGGCCGCGGAGACUGGAACAUGGGUGCGCCUGGUGGACUGCAGGAAGUGACGUACUCGAUACCUGCCGACAAGUGUGGCCUGGUGAUUGGAAAAGGUGGAGAAACCAUCAAGAACAUCAACCAGCAGUCCGGAGCGCACGUGGAGCUGCAGAGAAACCCGCCGCCUAACACCGACCCCAACGUGCGCAUCUUCUCCAUCCGCGGCACCCACCAGCAGAUGGAAAUGGCCCGCCAGCUGAUCGAUGAGAAGAUUGGGGCCUCAGGAAUGGGGGGAAAUAGCAGUUUUGGUCUGAACCCAUUCGGCCAAGGACCAACUACCCCGCAUCAGAAUGGACCCCAGACAUUCCUGACAGGAGGAUGGGGCACAACAUAUCAGACAUGGCAGGCUCCGGGCCAGCAGGACCCCAGUCAGCAGAGCCAAGCCCAGAGCAGUGGCUCUGACUACAGCAAAGCAUGGGAGGAUUACUACAAGAAACAGAGCCAGGCAGCAGGCCCCGGCUCCCAGCAGAGCUCCCCUCCGGACUACAGUGCUGCCUGGGUGGAGUAUUACAGACAGCAGGGGGCCUACUAUGGCCAGGGUGCACAGCAGACACCGGCCCCAGGACUUCAGGAUCAUUAGAGAGGACACCCUUUAGUUGAAGAUUUUUGAAUCACUGAGAGGAUGAAAACAAACCUUUUGUAACAGAGGUUUCUAGAUUUGCAACGCCUUGAAGACUUUUACUUUUUUCUUAGUGAGAAACACUAGCUGUAGAAUGACUUAUACAAUUUAAAAAAAGAAUAUUUCUAAAUCAGGAACAUUUAAUUGUUACUAAAUACUUGUGUACACCAUUAUUUUGAAUUGACAAUUUCCGGGAUCCCUUUUGGACUUAUGAGAGAGCUGUUUUGUUUUCUAUUUUUUUCCUUUUUGAUUCAAAUUACAUUGCCAAAACGAACCCCGGAGUUGUAACUUUUCAGUAAACGCAAUAUAAUCUAUUUUUUCUAGUUCUGUUGCAAUAAAAUCGCAAUUAUGGGCUUAGCAGUCUUGAAUGAAUUUUUGUUUUGUCAUAAGAUGUUUUAAGAAUGUGUAAAAAUGUUUUCUUUUCCUUUUACAAAAAGCAUUUUAAUUCAGUGAGAUGAAACUGUGAUAUUUUGUUACAGGAAAUGUAUAAUUUUGUUGCAAAAUACGAGAUGUUGGCAAAUGGCAGUCAAUUCCUAAUUUAAUUCCUGUUGUGCUUUGUAUUGUUUUUUGUUGUCUUUUAUUGUACUCUGGUUUAAAAAAAGGUGCAAUAUCUCAUUUCAUUUUUGAAACAAAGAUGGGUUCUCUAAUAUUUUGACAGGCGUUUAACUUGUAGUUCUUAGAUGAUUUUUUUUAGGCAUAUGAAAAUGUAAUGAAUAAUUUAUUACAAUGAUCUGAUAUGGGAAAAGGGGAUGUUGCGUUUUGUGAGUUAUUUGCCUUUGCUAUCUUGUAAAACUAUGUAUGUAUGCUCAGAUACUUGACUAAAUACUUUAUUUAAAAAUAUAUAUAUAAUUAAAUCAAAGAAGUUUUUUUCAUGGAGUCAUUAUCACAGGAAAACUGUCCCUGUUUUUCUGUUCUGUUUUCAUACUGAAAAUGUUCAAAGAUCGUGAAUGUGUAAUUUGAAAUUUGAUGUUGCAUCUUGCUAUGGACAAAAAUGAGAAAUGCCAGGUUUUUAUGUAUGUUUUGUACCUAAAUAAUUCAAGACUGCUAAGCCUCUGGAUUCUACCUGUGUAAUAAUUAAUUGUAGUUUUUUAUAUGCUAAGUAUUAUGAUCAAAAUUGUCUUAUUUGGUACCACCCAGUUUCCCUAAUGCCCCAUCCAGUACACACUGUGGACUCGUGUACAGUCCAAUGCUAAACUUUUUAAUUAAUUUUUCUUUCUACUUUGUGUGAUCUAAUAUAUGUAUGAUUGAUUAGUUACGAAAUGAAUCUAGUGUUAACUUCAUUGCUUAAUGAAAAGGGAUAUUAUAAUUUCAAAAUGUUUAAUUUUAGUGUUUUUUCCUUAUGUACAGGUAACCGUGUAUUAAAAACGUCAAGACUA